UGUUGCGAGAGAUGUUUGUGACUAGCACUGACAACGGAACUCGGAUUUAAAUUCGAUGUACAAAUAUUAUUGCGCCCUAUUCGGUAAAAUGAGCUGGGAAAAAUGAGUGGUACGGUGGAGGAAGAAUUCCAGUUGAUGUCCAAGGACCCCAAAUAUCGCAGCUACACUGCCGCUGUCGACAAGGCCCUUAAAUCGUUCGAGUUCACGUCAGAAUGGGCCGACUUGAUCUCGUCGCUUGGCAAACUGACCAAGGUCCUCUUGGCACACACCAAGUUUCAGGUUGUGCCGAAGCGGAUCAAAAUAGGAAAACGCCUGGCGCAAUGUCUGCACCCCGCUCUGCCCUCCGGAGUGCACCUAAAGGCCCUCGAGUGCUAUGACGUCAUCCUUAAGUGUAUGGGCACCGCCCGACUCAGCAGGGAUCUCUUUGUGUGGGCGUCCGGACUGUUUCCGCUACUGCCGCACGCGGCCAUCACCGUCCGGCCUGCUCUGUUGUCCCUCUACGAAACCCAUUUCGUGCCCCUGGGCCCUCGGCUCGUGCCGGCCCUGCCAGGGCUGCUGUGCGGACUGCUGCCCGCCCUGGAGGAGGGCUCAGACCACUUCGCCCGCACCUCCGGCCUCCUGGACCUCGUCUGUGACGCAGUCGGCAAAGACUCGUUUUACGCAUGCCUCUGGGACGUGCUCGCAUCUCACUCUUCGGUCAGAUUGCCGGCAGUUAGUUUCGUCCUGGCGAGGUUUGAGCGGCGGAAACCUCUGGAGGAGCAGAAACACCUCGUGGGGCCUACAGAAUCUCUUUGCCUCGCCUUGCAGGACUCGAGCGUGCUUGUCCAGCGAGCCGUUCUGGACCUACUCCUUCAGGCCCUCCCGCUGGACCGAGUGCCCCAGGAGGAGGCUGCAGCCCUCGUGACCGCAGCACUGGGCGCACUUUUGAGAAGAGACGCCAGCCUCAACCGACGCCUCUUCGCCUGGCUUUUGGCUGCGGAUUUCGAGAAGCAUCUUUUGGCCGCAGUUACAGCAGCGUUGGCCACUGAGGACGAAGAUUUUUUGAAGCCCUUUAGGCUCCUAGUAUCACUUUUGGACAGACCUGAGCUUGGUGGAAAAAUUGUCGACCAAGCCCUCCCUGAUGUUCUUAGAAAGCUGUAUGGACAUGAAGACGGCCCCAACAGACUUAAGGCUGCGAGUUUAGUUUUUGGAGCUUUGGAGCCUGAUCAUGUUUGGCGGCUGGCUGGGACACUUUUCGAGACUGCAGCUGAGAAUCCCUCAGAGCCUUCCAAAGACGUGAAAACCGUCGGCUCCGGCAUUCCUGACGUGCACGAAGCGAGCGCCCUAACCCUCUUUUUACUGAAAACAGUGGCGUUGGACGCCUAUGCUGAUACCCCGACCCACCACCUGCCGAGUCUCUUCCUCAGAAUCCUGGCAGCGCUGUCUAAGCACUGCGAACGUCUGCACCCGUCAGAGCUAGCUGCUGGACUGAGCCUUUGCAGACAAGUGUUGGAGCGAGUCCAGCCAGGAGGGGUCGGUAGACUGAACGACCAGGAUGAGCGCACGAGCGAGGUCAGCGUCGGAUCCGAGGUGAGGGAAACGGACGCCGCGCCUGACUUGACCUCGGCGGCGUCGGAGGAACUGGACGACGAUGACUCCACUUUGGUCGAGCUGAGUGACUCGUUGGAAGCGGAGGCGUUGCUGGCCUCUAACAGCACUACGGAAACCACCGCUUCGAUGCCGGUUAUUGUCGUCAACCAUGAAGAAGGCGCCUCUGAAUCAACUUCGCUGCCGGUCUACACGGAAACUGAGGAGACGACUCGGCAGCAAACGUGGCCUGAAGUGACCCAAGAGAUCAAGCAGCCUGCCCCCUUAAUCGCCGAGUGCUUAACGCAAUUCCAAGAAUUUUUCGUCAGACUAGUAGCAAAAAGGGUGGUCACAGAAAACACAGACAUAACCUCUGCCUUCCAACACUUGCUCAACGAGGAUAUUUUUGGGCAUAACGACCUGGAGGCCCGUUUGCAGGAGUGCCUUGGACAAGCCGCUUCUUCGACAAGACUAACCCGACCUGGCCGAGCGACGAUCAACUCGCCUCUGGCAAUCGCCAGAGAAGACUGGCCGCAAGAGGCAUUUAUCGAAGCGUGCCGUCUCUUGGUAGAGCUUUCGUCAUUUCCCUCGCUCGGCACACAACCCUUAGAAAUGCCCAGUUCCCUCGAAAGCCCCUCUGCGUGGCUGCAGUCUCUUCUCGUCCUGACUGCCGGCCUUCCAAAGCCUCAUGCGUUAAGGCUUUUGGCAGCUUCCACGCUUUUAGACCUUUUGGCCCUCUUGCAAGCCGUGCCAGCAAAUCAGGAAACAAGUACAGGGACUGUUGCCGUCGUGAUCAGACCUCCGCUAACUCCUCAGCAAGUAGAGUUUAUUGCGAAAAGAACAUCAGUUUUUCCGACAGCAACCAAGCUUUUGUGGGAGGACCUUGGUGCUUCUAGUCCCGCUGACCAUUUGCAGUGCUCCAAUUUGCUGUUGCGGCUGCACAACGCGCUGCCUGACUGUGAUAUUGUGGAGGAUGUUCUGGCCCUGGCGCUGACUGCAGAGCAUGACUCGCAAGAAGCUGCAGAAGCAUUCGAGCGAUUCUCCACUCUUUGGCAUUUGAGCAGAGAACCUAGUGAUACACCAAACACAAGAUGCUUGGACAGAUGCCUUUUCAAAAUGCUGGACAAUUUGAAGCGGUCACCUGGCCCCCUUCGACUGCAAGCGCAAGCGUGGCUGCAACAGGCCCUCUUGAGAGGUGAUACGGGCCGUCUCUUGGAGCCGCUUUUGAUGGUUCUCUUGGCUCCGGGCAGUGCGAGAUUAGGACUGCGGCACGCGACCGUUUCUCACUCAUCCACCGUGCUGGGCCGACAGCACUCGGCUGCGAAAAUUCUCGCGGUCACCUCGCAAGAUGGGCACAUCGUAUACCACGUGUCUGACAGAUCAAAUCCUGUAGUCGCCAGACGUCUGUACGCUGUGUCAAGGCUGAUCGGCGCUGAAGACGGCCAUUGCAUAUCCGAGGGAAACAUUCUCAGGGCUGUGGAAAAGCCGCUUGAAGUGUCCCUAACAGUUAAUCCCAUGCCUGAAGGGGACGAGGUCGAGGGUGUGCUGCAAGAUUUAAUUUCGGCUGUGGAGGCGCAGGAACCACGGACCCCAAGCUGCACUGUCCACUCCAUGCACUCGCACUUCCUGCUUUACUGCCAGGUCUACGACGCCAGAAGAGUUCUAUACGCCAUUGACGCUGUUAGGGGCUUGUUGUUAGCUGCCCCUCGUUCCUUUCUCUCCUCCACGGCAUCGACUGGACUGGCUCUGGCUGGUGGAAGAGGACCAGCUCUGGUUACGCUUCUGGCUCGGCACGCGCAGGCAGCAAACAGCGGCCAGAGCUUUUCAGGCGAACUCGCUGCUGAAUGGAUGGCUUCUGCCAGGAGUAGCAUGUUUUUGGAGGCUGUCGUGUCUUCCCUUCUGUGGUACACUCGCAGUUUUUACCCAAACCUGGGACAAGCGAGACUAACUGAAACAGAACUAUCAGCUAACAGGCAAGUCCAACUUGCAGCUGCGGAACUGCUGACUUUGAUCCUCACAGAACUGGCAGCCUUGGCAAGAGACGGUGGGCGAGGUCUGGGCCAGUACCUCGGCGACCUUCUGCAGCGGUGCCGCCUGCCACAAACUGCCCUCUCAUUACUGUUGGCCUCUGUGCACCGGCCGAGGCAGGAGUCAUUCACCGAAGAAAUCCUGAUUUUCAAUUUGUGCGGUGGCACGGCCAACUGCCCGCAGCGGCCGCCCGCGCAUGAAGAGGCCUCCCAGAGUCAACUGCUGCGCCUGGUGCUGGCCCUGGUGGUGCUGGAGGAGCAGGCUGCCAAGAGGGCUGCCACGUCCUCCGCCGAAGGGGCCACCGCGCCCACAGGCCACCGACUGACCUACGUUCCGGGCUUGCCGGUGCCCCAGCAGCCCAAAUUUGUGGCCGCCGUGAGUGCCGCGCUGAAAGCCGAGCACAGUGGCCACCUGCACCAGAGCUGGACCUCCAUGCUGACGGCCGCCCUUCCCUACAUGGGGCCCGCGCUGCCCCACGUUGUGCUCAAUGCGGCCAGUCUGGUGUGCACAAACCUGGAGCGGGUUGCCACCUUCUACAGCGAAAUCGGCCCCCAGCAUUGUUGUUUGCCAGCGCAGUACGUCACCACUCAGUUCGAAGCCCUGGCAGCCUUGCUGCACUUUUGCCUCCUUGAAUCAGCUGCAGCUGCUUUCCAAGAAGCUCCCAAAGGCGAAUCUCUGACUGAAGCUCGCAGAUCUGUGUUGGCAAACAUGCACCGUUUCGUCGCGUGCGCUGUCCGCUUGUGGACAGCGGUGUCCAAUGCCUCCUCGGAGGGCCAUGUUCUUGGAUCUCCCCGAUCGAUACGACAGCAAAUAGCGCACUUUCUGGGCCCCGUUGCGCUCCAUCACAGCAAUGCUUUUGUUGCCGCCAUCGCCGCGGUUGCAGCUUCAAACGGCUCUGGCCAGGAUGAACUCGUAGAUCUUGUCUCCAGCAUCAGGGUGCUGCCUCUAGAAAAACUUGUCACCACGGCCGCAUCGGUGUUAAAGCAACCACCACAACUCGGACAAUCAAUAGAGGUCAGCCUCCUGCAAUUCAUCGAUUGCUAUCUGCAAAGAGCCACUCCCGCGCAACUGGCUGAUAGUUGGUCUAGUCUUCUUUCGCUUCUCAGGGACUGCGCUGCUUUGGUCCCGCCGACGCCGUUCAUGGCGCUUGAUUUGCUUGGCAGUAUUCUUCCGCAAGUGUCUGUGGACAAGAAGGACGCAAAGCCUGUCCAGGACACUGUUGCAAAGUUAGUGGAAACGUGUUCCGGCUUGGCUGCUUCAGGUCUGGAACAAACAACGUGGCUGCGCAGAAAUUUGGCCGUACGAACUGAAGAGGAAAGUCUGGAUCACAGCGUGGCGGCGUUGGCCGCCUUGGCCACGACCCUGGCGCAGCUGCUGGACGUGGCGUUCGGCAGCCAGGACAAGGAACGUGCCGCCACCCUGCUGGCUGGAGUGCUGACCCACGUUUUCCCGUACCUGCGGAACCACAGCGUCAGGAACGCACCCGCGUUCAGGGCCUGCUCCCAACUGCUGGCAGCCGUGGCCGCCUUCCAAUACACCAGGCGCGCCUGGCGGAGGGAAGCGCUGGAGCUGCUGCUUGACCCUGCCUUCUUCCAAAUGGAGCCCAAGUGCAUGGCCUCGUGGCGUGCCAUAGUUGACAGCCUGAUGGACGCUGCCACAUUCAGGGAACUUCUGGCCAGGGUCGGAGUUGCUCAGGGUGGUCUGUUCACGAGUAAAGAGCAAGAGUGGGAGCAGCGAGCCCAGCUUUUGAAGAGGCUGGCGUUUGUGCUUCUGUGCGGCGAGCGAGACCAGUACCACAGACAAAUGCCUGACAUCCAAGAGCGACUCUCCGACUGCCUUCGCAUGCCUCAGGCUGGGCCGACGCUGCACGCCCAAGUCUUUCUCUGCUUCAGAGUUCUGCUUCUCCGUAUGUCUGCCCACCACGUCACGUCCCUCUGGCCCGUAGUCAUUUCUGAACUUGUUCAAGCCAUGAUGCACAUGGAGCACCAACUCGCUGGCGACCGGGACAACUGUCUCAACAACUCUCAAUUGCGUCUCUUGUCCGGACUGGACGCAGCCUGGGCUCUGGACGACGGCCUCUCCCCUUCGUCUGGCCAACCCGCUUGGCUGUCCCUUCAGCUGGCAGCGUGUAAACUUCUGGACUUGAUGUUGGCUGUUCCUGCUUCGACGCUGCCCCAAUUUACAAUGUAUCGAUGGGCUUUUGUCGCUGACUUUGACAACAAUCACCUGGGUCCCGGCCAGCAGGGUCCUGACUUUGUGCCACACGUCGUCCGGCUGUCCCGACUUUUAGACAAUCAAGCUCCCGAUUCGAUGCCGUCGAUGGACGCGUACCCCGGCGAUCCGCUUUUGCGUCAGUCGUCCAUCCAGUCUCUGCACCAGCUGCAGGGCUUUUUCUCCGCUCUGGCGUCAGGCCGGAGAACCUCGAUCGAGGUACACAACUGGGACCCUGUGGCGCUGGAAGAGGCGCUGGAAAUCGACUUUCUCGACCCGCUUCCGUCAAAGUGAGACUCAUUUUAACCGUGUGAUCAAAGAGAUAAAUUAUUUGGACCUAAACGAAGGUUUUAUAAAAGGUAUUACGUAUAUGAUUUGAAUAUGGUAAAAAUUUUAUUUAUACAGUGGUUUAGUUCGCGUCUCAAACUGAACUAUGUUGUUGUCGAUUUUGGAGUAUUUACGAGGUGCACAAAAUUGAAGAAGCCAUGUUUCCAGUUGAUCAGUUUGCUGUUUUUCAAGUCAUGCAUUAUUUUAAUAGAAGCGGAGAUCUCCAAAUUAUUGUUACUAUGUCACAGAAUAAAAUACGUGUUGUUAUUUUUAACCACAAAUAAAGGAAAUGAAUGAAAAUUCAA